AUGGAUCCCGGUCAAGAACGACUUCAACACCUCAAGAGUGUCCCCAAUUUGGUGAGCGAAGAGCCAAGCAUCAUCACACCAUCCAAUACCUCAUUUGUCGAUGUGCCAUGGAGCGACUUUUCUAAAAUGUUGGCAUCCAAGAGCGAAUCAACAGCCAAAAAACUAAAAGAAAACGCUACCCCUACUGCACAAGAUGACCAUUCUCCUAUCAGCAAAGACGAAGGGUCUGUGGAAGACUUUACCUUGGGAAAUUGGGAUGCUGCUACGGGCUAUCAGGAUAAGCAGCACGAUGAGGAGGUCUGCAAACAUGUAGAGCACUAG